AUGGCCGCCAACCUUCCCCAGCAGGGCCAGUCCAACGGCGCCGCUUUCGACCAACACCAGCAGCAACCUCAGCGACAGCUUUUCGGUGGUGAAGAAGAGUUCGGCGAUGAAGACGAGCUCGGAGACGAUGUCGAUCUCGUCGUAGGCGACUACUCCGCUCCGUUUGCCGGUGAGGCUGGUGCCGAAGUCGACGAGGCGCAGGCCGCCGCUCUUGCCGCAGCCCACGCCCAAGCACAGCAGCAGGCCCAGGCCGCUGCCCUCGCCGCAGUCCCCGACCAGAUCCGCAAGUACAUCGUGCUCUUCAACCAAGCCGUGCAGAACAACAACGUCCAGGACAUCAGCAACGCCUACGAGGGAACGUGGAACCGACUCACCGACAAGUUCUACGCUCGCUCCGAGUGGCCCGAAGCCGAGACCAUCGCUCCUCUCGUCAACGACGACCAGAAGUUCCUGACUCUGUACCGAGAGCUCUGGUACCGUCACGUCUACUCGCGUCUCAGCCCCGACGGUGAGGACCGCUUCCAUUCGUAUGACAACUACUGCGACUUUUUCAACUUUGUGCUCAACAGCGACGGACCGGUGCAGCUCGAGCUGCCCGCCCAGUGGCUGUGGGACAUCAUCGACGAGUUCAUCUACCAGUUCCAGAGCUUCUCGCAGUGGAGGAACAAGGUGUCGAACAAGUCGGAGGACGAGAUCGCGCUUUUGCAGGAUGGAGGCGUGUGGAGCAGCUACUCUGUUCUCAACGUGCUGUACUCGCUCAUCCAGAAGUCGCGCAUCACCGAGCAGCUGGUAGCAGCCAGCAAGGGUGAAGAUCCGGACGAAGUUGCCGGAGAGUUCGGCUCCAAACCUCUCUACCGCAUGCUCGGAUACUUCUCCAUCAUCGGUCUGCUUCGAGUCCACGUCUUGCUCGGAGACUACACUCUGGCGUUGAAGAUGCUCGACCACAUCGAGCUCAACAAGAAGUCCGGGCUGAUCAACCGCGUCACUGCCUGCCACGUCACCGCCUACUACUACGUCGGUUUCGCCUACCUCAUGCUCCGCCGCUACCCGGAUUGCAUCAAGAGCUUCACGCACAUCCUCGUCUUCAUCAUGCGUCUUCGUCAGUACCACACCCGAUCGUACCAGUACGAUCAGAUCAACAAGACCGCCGAUCGAAUGUACGCGCUCCUCUCCACGGCGUGCGCUCUCUGCCCCACGCGUCUGGACGAAAACAUCCAGACGCAGAUGCGCGAAAAGUACGGCGAACAAUUCAACAAGAUGACCAAACCCGGGUCGGAGGGAAUCGCCGCGUUCGAGGAGCUCUUCAUCUACGCCUGCCCUAAAUUCAUCACCGCCAACUCUCCACCUUACCACGACGAGGAGGCGCUCGCCGCGUUCACGGACAAGGUGUACCCCGAUCCCACCCAGCACCAGCUGCGCGUCUUCCUGUCCGACGUCAGAAGUCAGCUCUCCAACGCCAACGUACGCUCGUUCCUGCGACUGUACACCACGCUGGGGACCGACAAGUUGGCCUCGUUCCUCGAGAUCGACGAGGAGGAGUUGGUCGAGAUGAUGAUGGUCAUGAAGAACUCGACUCGAUCGCUCAAGUGGUCGAGCGGAAGUCUGUUGGAGGGCGAGGUGGUCAACACGAGCGAUUUGGAUUUCGUCAUCGACACCGAUAUGGUUCACAUUGCCGAGUCGAGGGUGGGCAGGAGGUAUGGAGAUUGGUUCUUGAGGAACGGCACUAGGAUGCACGAUGUGCUGGCCAACAUUCAGAGCAAGGCGUUGCCGAUCGUGGACAAGCAGGCGCAGGAGGAGGCGAACGCUGCGGCAGCGGCGGCGGCGGGCGCUGGCGAGGGCAAGGAUAAGAAGGACAACAAGGGCAAGAGCUCCUGGAGCGGAGGAGCUAAGAGCGGCGGUGGUGCGUUCUCGAGAGCUGCAGGUGCAGGUGCAGGUGCGAGGAGCGCAGGUCUGAAGGAGCGGAGAGAUUUCCACCCAACAUGA